AUGGACGAGUCGGCAACUACCGCGCCAGCGUCAAACUCCUCUACGCCCUCGGUCCAACCGCCAAAGGACCGUCACGAGCCUCGCGGCCGCAAACCCAAUGACCAGCUUCCCCCGUCCCGCGCGCGCGAGGUCCAGCGUGCCUUCCGUCUGCGUCGCGCAGAGCACCUUGCUUCGCUCGAGGAGCGCAUUCUCAUCCUCGAGACUGAGAACGGCCAGCUGCGUGCACUCCUGAACCUCCCUGAUGCGGAUCGCCCCAAGAUUGGAUCUGGCCCAACUGGUCGGGGCAAGUCGCUCAAGGACGGUGGUGUGCCUAUGAGCGAGCGUGUGCGCGCCCGUAAAGAGGCCCGCCAGCGCGAACGCCGUCUGCGUGGUCUGCCCGACCCGGACACUAGUGACAUGUCGGAUGAGGAGGAGAACAGCCGCGAUGGAGCGGAACUGUCCCCCAUGGCCGGCAACAUGCCGCCCCCACCCGCGUCUGGCCCCAACAACAACAGCAACAACAACAACAACGCCGCGUCGUCCACUGCCGGCGCCAUCCCCCUCUUCUCCAACCCCACCGACCUGCCAGCGCCAUACAGCUUCAACCUGCCCACGCCGUUCCAGCUCCCCAUCUCUCCCGAGCCCCACUUUGACUACUCGGCGGGCAACUUGGACUUUAAGGGCCCAAGCCCCGCGUCCUUCCCCAUCUUCAACAUGUUCGACCCCUCGGCGUCGUCCACAAACGACCCUCAGCAGCAGCAGCAACAGCAGCAGCAGCAAGUCGGCGCCCAGCAGCCCGCAGCACUGGCAAGCAACGGCGAGUCGUCCAAGGCGUCACCCAUGUCUCCCGCCACACAGGCAGCCGCAGCCGCUGCACAGGCGGCCGCAGGAUCGCCGCCCACGCAGCCCGACCUCCUCACGCGUCUCAAGGCAUGCUGCCACCUCUCCGACUCGCACGUCGUCAACGACCCGGGUCUCCUCAUCUUCGCCACCAGGCUAUGCCAGUCGUUCUCGUGUCCCUUUGGCGGGUCGCACCCGGAUUCGGCGCCGUCCGACGAUCCCGAGCAGAUGCUCCUCGAGGACGCGUGGCGCGCACUCAAGGCCACGCUCGAUCCCGGAGGCGACGCCGACGGCGAGAACAGGAUCAACACGGGCCGCAUGGCCGCCGAGCUCGUCGUCCGUGCCGCCGCGUCGCGCGGGAACGGCAACUGGAUCGUGUGCAGGUACAAGGAGGGCAUGACGAUCCGCCGCGCGCUCGUGCUCGGCCUCGUCCAGGGCUUUGGCGGCAAGCUUGACUAG